AUGGAUAAUUCACAUGAAACAAAUAUUCAAGACGACGAACAAGAACAAGUUCGUCAGAAACUUUUAUGGACUGUCAAAGGAGAAGUUAAAAAAAUGAUGGAAGAAGCUGUGAUGAAAAAAUGUAUUCAUGAAGAAAACUGUAGUGUAACUACACUUUGUGGUGCUGUUGAAGCAUGUUUAUUACAUGGUCUUAAACGACGAGCUGUUGGAUUAUUUAAAACAAGUACAACAAUGGCACUUUUACAAAAAAUUGCUAAAACUUGUCCAUCAGCAGCAGAUGUUGUUAAAAUGAUUGAGGAUGAUCAUCGACAAAAUGAUGAACCGGGUAGUUUACUUGUUUUGUCAAGAAAAUUUUCAAGUAUAACUCAACAUCAAACAACAAGCGUUGAUAAUAAUCGACAACGAACAACUCGUUCAGCAGUACAAAAUCGAUAUUUAUGGAUACGAAUAGCACUUAUUCAUCGAUCAUUACAUAAAAUAGUUGAAUAUAUUGUUGAUAAUAGUUCAAAAUAUUAUGAACCAUAUGCACUUGUUCAUAAUACUGUUCAAGGACCGAUUUUAGCUUCUCUUCUUGUUGGUCCAUGUGCACUUGAAUUUACUCGAAUGAAAACAAGUGAUCAUUUAUGGACAGAUCCACAUGCUGAUGAACUUGUUCAACGUCAUCGUAUGCAUAAUAAUAAUCGAACGACAAUAAAUUCAACGACAAUGAUGAUGAAUAUGAAUAAUUCAAAUUCAACGAAAUAUCGACCAAGUUUACAAAUUAAUUUAAAACGUCAUGCAAGCUCAUCAGGCGAAGAAACACAACGACAUAAUCAAUUAAUAUCAACGAAUACAGCUAGAGAUUAUGUUGAAUCACUUCAUCAAAAUGGUAAAUCACAAUUACUUUACGGCAAAAAUAAUGUUCUUGUACAACCAAUUCCUAGUCAUGACCCGAUACCUGGUUAUUUAUCGUUACAUCAUAAUAAACAUGGUUUAACAUUAAAAUGGACACCAAAUCAAUUAAUGAAUGGUUAUGAAGGUACAAAAAUAUUAAAAAAUGAUUCACAAGAAAUAAAUGAUCCAAAUGAAUCUCCAAAAAAAUAUAGUGUUUAUUGGGAUUAUGCAAUAUCUAUAAAUAUGUCUUCUAUUGUUUAUCUUCAUUGUCAUCAACAUGUUGAUGGUGAUCGUAUUGUAUUUAUUGGUCGUGAUGGUGUUCAAUAUCCACCAUUUCAUAUUAAAAAUAAAGGUGGACAUUUAUUAGCAUUUCUUACUUGUUUAGAAAAUGGUCUUGGACCAAAUGGUCAAUUAGAUCCACCAUUAGGAUAUGAAAAAGGACAAGGUAAAAUAUUACCAAAAUUACAUCGUCGUACAGAUCGCUCUUCAACAUCUACAAUGUCAUUCAAUACAAGUGAUGAUGAUUCAAAUGCACAAAUGAAUUUAGAUAUAACAGAUGAAGACGCAUCAUCACCAACAGCUGAUUAUGUUUUUCGAAUUGUCUUUCUUACUGAUCACGAAGCAAUAAACAAUCGUGAAUCCAAUCGAAGGCAAUGGUCUGCAGGAGCAACUAAUUCAUCGUCAUUAUCUUCUCAAUCAUCAUUAUCACCAUCAGCACAAAUGAAUAGUGCUAGUGUACCAUCACCAGCUUCACCUACAGAUACAGCAUUUUCAACUUCAGGUGUUUAUGUAUCAUCAAUCGGUAGUUUACCUAAAAGUCAUUCUGUUAGAUCAUCAAUGUCUUAUUUAUGUGAUACAAUGCGUCAUCAAAUUUUAUCUCGUGCAUUUUAUGGUUGGCUUGCAUAUUGUCGUCAUUUAAAAACUGUUCGUAUACAUCUAACAUCUCUUGUUAAUCCUGUAUCAAAAGUAGACAAUACUGAACAUGUAAAUCCAGAACUUUAUUUGACAUUUGAUGCAUGGUCAGAAUUAUUUCUUAAUAAACAAGCUGAACAUCUACCAAUUGAUAAAAAAGAGAUUUAUCGAAGAAUUUAUUCCGGUGGUUGUGAACCAUCUAUACGAAAACAAGUAUGGCCAUAUCUUUUUUCUCAUUAUUCAUUUGAAUCAACAAUGGAUGAACGAAAUGAUAUUGAUUGUUCAACAAUUGAUCGAUAUAAUUUAUUAACAAAUGAAUGGCAAAGUGCUGAACAUAUUGUUAUGCAAAUUGAUCUUCAACAUUCAAAUAAUCGUAAAAAUGCCAAAGAACAAUUAGUUAAUAAACCACCUAUUGAAGUGAAACAAAAUUCAACUGAAAUAACAUUAACAUCAAUAAAAAAUGCUCUUGCUAGUAUACCAGAAAAAAUUUCAUUACCAAAUUUUAAUAAUCUUGAACGAAAAGAUUCAAGUCAAUUCAAUGAUGUUUUUUAUGAUGAUUCUUCAAUACAUACAGUGUCAAUACCAAUUUUAGAAGAGUCUAGUCCCCCAGGAACACCAUCUGGUGAACAACGUUUAUUAUCAUCUUCAUCGAAUUCUGGAGUACUUAUUGCUCGAACACGAACUGAAUCUGUUAUUGAUCGUUCAUCACCUUAUAAUAUAAUUGAAACUAGUAUAGAUAUGGAUGAUAUUGAUGAUGAUGCUAUUAAUGAUGAUGAUGAUGAUGAUACUACGAAUGAAGAUGAUGUUCAUAUGAAACCAAUUGAUAAUGAUAAUGAUAAUGAUAAUGAUGAAGUAAUGAUGAAAGAAAAAGAGAAUACUUUAUCACCAUCAUCAAGUUUAACAUCUGGAACUGAUGUUUAUAUGGAUGCUGUUGAAAUUUUUAGUGAUGAAAAUCAAGAUAAUAAAUCUGAUGGUACAAUAACACCUAUAUGUUAUGGAUCAUUUACAAAAGAUAUUAUUGAUGCAUUUACACUAAAUCUGCAUAGAAUUGAUAAAGAUGUAGCAAGAUGUGAUCGAAAUUAUCCAUAUUUUACUAAUCUUAAUAAUCUUAAAAAAUUACGAAAUGUUAUGUGCACAUAUGUAUGGGAUAAUCUAGCAACUGGUUAUAUUCAAGGAAUGUGUGAUCUUGUAGCACCAUUACUUGUCACUUUCGAUGAAGAAGUUAUAACAUAUAGUUGUUUUUGUUAUUUAAUGAAACGUCUUUUACCAAAUUUUCCUCAUGGAGCUGGUAUGGACGAACAUUUUGGUCAUAUGCGUUCUUUAUUACAAAUUCUUGAUUUUGAACUUUAUGAACAUAUACAUCGUACAGGAGAUUUUACACAUUUUUAUUUUUGUUAUCGAUGGUUUUUAUUAGAUUUCAAACGAGAAUUUGUUUAUGAUGAUAUAUUUUUGGUAUGGGAAACAAUAGCUGCAGCACGACGUACAGUUUCAAAACGAUUUGUUUUAUUUAUUGCAUUAGCUAUGUUAAAAAUUUAUCGAGAAAUUAUAUUAGAUAAUCGAAUGGAUUUUACCGAUAUUAUAAGAUUUUUUAAUGAAAUGGCUGAACGACAUGAUGCUCGAGAUAUAUUACGUAUAGCAAGAGAAUUAGUACUUGAAUUGCAAAAAUUGAUUGAUAAUAAAUAA